AUGAAUCCAGAUGCAUUUCCAGCGCCGGUUGCUGCGUUGGACCACCCCGUCAUGGACAAGAUGAUGCAGGAGCUGGCGGCAAUGAGAUACCCAGAUCGGCAUACACCGACACCACCAACUUACACCAGCGUGGUCACCACGAUCAGGUACAACGAUGAGUAUCACCGGAACUGCGUGACCCCCGCGCAACGCGCAGCAGCAGCCAAAAUCCAAGAAUGGUAUCUAGAGGGGUCUCAGGAUGUCAUGAUGAGGUUUUACAACCUCGGAUUGAGCCGCGUGUUCACCGCGGCACACCUCUAUGCGCUGGAUUUUAGUUUGUGGAUGAGAGGAUACGCCCUCCCCCGCGGUGACUUUGGCAACGACAGAUUUUACUACACAAAGCCGUCAGCUCACGUUGGGCCUUUCUCCUCCGAGUACGACAAUUUCUUCGCAGAAAGAUUCCGUGAGAGACACAUGGCCAGCCGUAUGGUUACACCCAGGGACAUGUCUCCCCAGAGUGCACCAGGCCGGUCCCAGCAUGUCACCAUCACCAGCACCAAUAUCGACCCACUAGUGAGAGAGGAGACCGAGCGAGCCAAUCUCGAGAUACCUGCGAUACAGGCUCCCCCAACGUCGACAGCCCGACCAAGGCGUGAUUCAAACAAGCCGAGCCUUGACGCUGGUCUUCCGAGCGCCGAGAUCAACCAACCAUUGAAACAGGAAGCCAAGCCAGCUCCUCCCGCGAACUCUGCGACAGAGGCCCACCUAACGUCGACAACUAAACCAAGCAGUGGUUCAAACAAGCCCAACAUCACGAGCGGCGACAUUGACCAACAACUGAGACGGGAAACUAAGCCCGCUCCUACCGCGACCUCUGCGACAGAGGCACACUCAACGUCGACAGCUAAAGCAAGCCGUGGUUCAAACAAGCGGAGCCUCGACGCGGCCGACACCAUGGCCCUAGCUCCGCAACCCAAGAGGGCACAGCCAGGACUCCCUCUGAGGACGCUGACCAGCAUGGGCCUGCUUGGUCGCCAUGAGGCCAAAUUCAAGACCCUGCGGCAAUAG